UCAGUCAUAUACAUCUCCGUUCACGCAAAGAAAUGAUCAACUUCGAAACUGAAUAUUUUAAACUGAAUAAAAUUCUUCUGCUCGCUAUUGGUUUGUGGCCUAGAAAACAAUCGAAUCUCACUCGAUUUCAAUUUAUUUUCCUGUCUAGUAUUUUGACGACAAACCUUAUAUUUCAGUGCAUGAUAUUUAUUUCACAAAGAUGUACUCCGGAUUUCAUUAUCAAAAUUCUAGCUUCCGUAUUUGUCUUUGCUCUCUUUGUAAUAAAAUACAACAUGUUUUCUGUUAAAUCUAUGAAGGAUCUAUUGGAGCAACUACUGCAUGUAUAUAAUGAAUUAAAAGAUGAAAAUGAAAUUGCUAUUAUAAACGAAUAUGGGUAUAAUAGCAAACGUUUUACAAUUGCACUUACAGUAUUUGCUGUUAUCGGCACAGUGGCUUUUAUCGUUGCGUCAUUUUGGUCGGAUAUUUUGAACAUUAUUUUACCGACAAACACAUCAAGAGCACGUCACUUAGUUAUCAUGACAGAGUAUUUCAUCGAUCAAGAAAAAUACUUUUAUUUGAUACUACUGCACGCCAUUUUAUCACUUUGCAUCGGAGGAAUUGCUGUAUUAGCGAUAGGAACAAUAUUGUUUACGUAUCUUCAAUACGUUUGUGGAAUGUUUAAAAUUGCCAGUUAUCGUAUCGAACGUGCAAUGAGCAUCGACAUGUUACGAAAUAUCAAUCUAAGAAAACAGAUUUUAAUAUUCAAGGGUUUAAUUUGUGCUGUGGAAAUUCAUCGACGAGCAAUGAAAUUAGCGAAACGCUUGCAAUAUAGUUGUGAAAAAAUGAUGAGCUGUUUAAUACUAUUUGGAGUAACCUCGGUGAGCCUUAAUCUGUUUCGAAUUGCUUCAUCUAAAGAGGAGAUUGUAUUGCCUUUCCUAUAUACAAGUCUCGCUAUCAUAUACAUGUUUUUAGCCAAUUACGUUAGUCAACUUAUAACGAAUCAUAAUCAUCAUGUAUUUGUUACUGCAUAUAAUGUUCAAUGGUAUAUAGCUCCAUUGCAUAUACAGAAAAUAAUAUUAUUUCUGUUACAAAGAGACUCAAAAAGCUUUACUUUGAGCGUCGGUGGUUUGUUUGUUGCGUCUAUAGAAUGUUUUGCUACGCUAGUGAAGACCUCAGUAUCUUAUUUUACAGUCAUAUAUUCUACACGAUGACGAAACUAAUGAUGGAAAUAAAAUCGGAAAGGAAUACAGAGGGAAUAUAAUUGUAAUGA